GUCAGAACAAACAUACGUAACCUAGUAGUCCUCAGAAAGUCAGGAAUCAGCACAACAAACUGUAAAACUAAUAGUGAUAUGAACCCUUCAACCAGAACGAGGUUGUACUGUGCUCCAUAAGGCAUUAAAUCUAAUUUAAUCUUGAAUUGCUGGUUAAGCCAGACUAACAAACUUGGAAACGAAUCUCUAUAUAAAAGGGAAUAACCAACUAAGAGACACAAGGCAUAUUUCAGCCUUAUGCAGCAGCAGGCGGGGCCCUCUCCUUGGUCAAGCGCUGGUACUUCUGGCCCCACAUAAUAAAUAGUAAGACCAAAAAAAAAGAACAACUUAUGGUGCCAAUGUACUUCUUGGGUUAAUAAGGUAAAAUAUUUUAUCCAAGCAAAAUUUCUCAAAUGUUCAAACAAGAGGGGAUGAACGAGAUAUUAGACGUAAAAUGCUAAUUAUUUUCAGAACAGGGGAUGUGUUACGACAAGAGUAGGCCCAGCUGAUGAAGCCCAAGAAGUGGUCCAGCCCAAUAAGUGACAGAGGCAGCCAGCCCAGCGAUACACAUCAGAUGAGUGGGCCAAGUGAGCUAUAUAUCAAUGUGUUCCAGCUACCGUGUCAUUUGGCUAUUGGUUGAACGGCUCAACCGUCGGCUUGUAUCUGGAGAGUAACUAGCUACCUUGAAUCUCACCUCGCCGGAGCAAUUUACCGCCGAUCGCAAUUCCAUGAUGAAUCCAUAGCCUCCUCCUAGCUAGUUGCUAACAAUUGGUACUCAGAACCAAAAAUCCACCCACGCUGGAGCGCAUUCACGACACAAGGUUGGCGGCGGCGGCGGCGCGCCGGCGGCAGGAGCUCAUGGAGAACCGCACGGCUGAGGGCAGGGCGAUCUACGAGACUAUUACUCAGGCGAAUGAGGCGGCACAUCUUCGUCACCAGACGGAGCUGGAUGUGCUGAUCGUGGCGGCGGUGGGCAGCACAGUCGAGGCGGCGGUGUCGCGCUCGGUUGGCGCGGCGGUCCACAAAGCGGUCAAGGCGGCGAUGGAGACGGCCGUCAACGACAUGCAGGCGUACACCGACGGUGCCGAGGCAGACUUGCUCAAGCAGAUCCAUGACCUGCGCGUCGACAAGGGCAUCUCCUUCCGUGUCAGUGAGACGGAUGACGGCGAACGGUCACCAAAGGAGGCGGAGGACACAGGCGCGGCAGGGUUCCGCUCGUCCGCACAAGCGCGGAUCGCGGGCGUGUAUACACCGUACGUUCCACCACCGGCCCGAGGUAUACCUGACCUGCCCCGACCAACUUAGUCGUUCUCCAGUUUACUGCAUCUAGAGAAGCGGAGUGGUUCGUCGUCAGGGCACUCUGGGCAUGGACAGCCACCAUCUCUGGAUUUCCCUAAGUUUGAUGGAGAGAAUCCAAAGUCGUGGCAGACUCGGUGUAUAGAUUAUUUUGAUAUGUUUGAUACUGACUCGGAAUUGUGGAUCGCGGUGGCUGCGAUGCAAUUUGAAGGCCCGGCAGCGCGCUGGUUAUCUUCAGUUCAGCACAAAUUUGUUCGCUCAUCGUGGGACGAGUUCUGUGCUGCUGUGGUUAAUCGUUUUGGUCGCAAUCAACAUCAGUCCCUGGUACGCAAGUUGUAUCGUCUGAAGCAAACUGGGUCAGUGGAAGAGUACAUUAAUCAGUUCUCUGAACUUAUGGAUCAGUUGACUGCAUAUGAACCUGAACCAUAUAGGUUGCACUAUGCCACCCGGUUUGUCGAAGGCCUAAAAUCCAGUGUCAGGAUGGUUGUGGCAGUACAACGCCCUGCAGAUCUGGACACAGCAUACUCAAUUGCUGCAGUACAAGAGGAGAUCAGUGAUAGUAAGCCGGAGUACAACAGACGUCCAGGUUUCUCAGCUCCUCGGCAGUAUAAACAUCAAUCUGCUAGCAAAGUCCAAACAGAGGCUAAAGGUGGAGAGUAUUCCAAAGGAACAACUACUUCAGAGGAUAAGUUGGCAACUCUUAAGGCGUAUCGAAGAGCUAAAGGGCUGUGUUACAUCUGUGGAGAGAGAUGGGGAAGGGAACACAAAUGCAAUGCUACAGUGCAGUUGCAUGUCGUGCAGGAGUUGCUGGAAUUUUGUGCCCAAGACUCACCUGAAUCUGAUGACAGCGAUGUGGAUUUGAUGGUUUUGCCUACAGGAACACAAUCAGCUAGUCCAUCUACAAGUGCAAUUCGUCUCACUUGCACACUGGCAGAUCAAGAGGUAGUGUUCUUGUUGGAUUCUGGUAGUUCCUAUUCCUUCCUCAGUGACAAGUUAGCCGCUACAUUGCCAAAUCGACAAGAGUUGCUUAAGGCUCAGCAUGUAAGAAUUGCAGGGGGUGGUCAGCUUCUGUGUUCACAGUGGAUUCCCAAGUGUGCUUGGACAGUUGGAGGCCAUCAAUUCACUACAGAUUUCAAAAUUCUGCCGCUACAGCAUUAUGAUGGUAUUAUUGGUAUGGAUUGGCUCUCAGCCCAAGGGACUAUGUGUCAAUUGGUUGCAAAAGUGGUUGUCCUUUGAUCACAAAGGCACAAAGGUUUUCUUGCAGGGAGAUUUACCUUCUCAACUCGAAUUUACUGUGGUAGAGCUGCAACUUAUCAAGGAAACACAAGAAACAAAAGUUGCUGUGAUGGAUG